GUGGGCGGGGCGGGGGCGUGGCCGGCGGCGCUGCGAGCGGCUUGUUGUGCGCGCUGCGGAGCCGUUAGCCUCCCGCUGCACAGGCCCUGCCGAGCCGGCCACAGGUGUGAUCUCCAAGGAAGACUGCUCAGCAGCUUCAAAAUGGAGGGGUAGAGCAGUGUCCAAGACAGAUAGUCAAACUUGUUGUUUGCCUUUGAGUCAACCAUGACUUGCAGGGGAGGCAUGUCAACAAAUAUCAUCCAUGUGCUGAAGAAACAGGAGGCGGUCUCUUCUUUGUAUAGCCCUGAAGUUCUACUUGAAGAACCCCAUCAAGAUUCUUGAGAUAUUUUAUAAAAUGUCUAAUGGUUAUGAAGAUCACAUGGCUGAAGAUUGCAGGGACGAUAUUGGUAGAACAAAUUUAAUUGUGAACUACCUCCCUCAGAACAUGACGCAAGAUGAGUUACGGAGUCUAUUUAGCAGUAUUGGCGAAGUUGAAUCUGCAAAACUUAUUCGGGACAAAGUUGCAGGACACAGCUUAGGCUACGGCUUUGUGAACUACGUUACUGCAAAAGAUGCUGAAAGAGCAAUAAACACACUGAAUGGCCUCAGACUUCAGUCAAAAACUAUCAAGGUUUCCUAUGCUCGUCCAAGUUCUGAAGUUAUCAAGGAUGCUAAUUUAUAUAUUAGUGGACUGCCAAGGUCAAUGACACAAAAAGAUGUAGAAGAUAUGUUUUCACGUUUUGGACGCAUCAUCAACUCGCGUGUGCUUGUGGAUCAAACUACAGGUUUGUCCAGAGGGGUCGCAUUUAUCCGGUUUGACAAAAGGUCAGAAGCAGAAGAGGCAAUUACAAAUUUCAAUGGUCACAAACCCCCAGGUUCCACCGAACCCAUUACAGUGAAGUUUGCAGCCAAUCCUAACCAGAACAAAAAUGUGGCACUGUUAUCGCAGCUGUGUCAUUCACCAGCUAGACGGUUUGGAGGGCCAGUGCAUCACCAGGCGCAAAGAUUCAGGUUCUCUCCUAUGGGUGUAGAUCACAUGAGUGGGCUUUCUGGUGUAAAUGUUCCAGGAAACGCAUCUUCUGGCUGGUGUAUCUUCAUCUACAACCUUGGUCAAGAUGCUGAUGAGGGAAUCCUCUGGCAGAUGUUUGGCCCCUUUGGUGCGGUUACCAAUGUGAAAGUUAUUCGAGAUUUCAACACCAACAAGUGCAAAGGUUUUGGUUUUGUGACCAUGACAAACUAUGAAGAAGCUGCAAUGGCCAUAGCAAGUCUUAAUGGCUACCGCCUGGGGGACAAAAUCUUACAGGUUUCCUUCAAAACCAACAAGUCCCACAAAUAACUUGCUCGUGCUUUUUUGUAUGGAAUAGAUAAUGGAGUGACAGAAGUUGAAACAUUUUUGUUAGUGUAAAACUCAUUUUGCGCCAAUUUUCACAAGUGUUUGUCUUAGUCUAAAUGAGAAGUGAAAAAGGUUUUAUAUUCUGGGAUGCAACUGACAUGUUCAAAUGUUUGAAAUCCCACAAUGUCAGACCAAUUUUAAGUUCCUUUAAGUUAUUUCAUUUAAAACACGUUAAAAAUCCCCUGAAAUCUUAAGUAGAUUGCAUUAACUAGACCCUCUGGAUGGUGGUAAAAUUGAAGCAUGCUUUCACUUAUGAGACUAACAUUUGUUCCAUUGAAUGUUGUCUGCAAAAACUGGAAUUUUCUGAAAAAUAUCAGGCUGAAUUCCUUAAUUUUCUUGUUUUUUAUGUUGUUGUUUUUUUCUUACCCAUUCCCCUGACCUUCUCUACCCCCCAGACACAGUAGUAUGGAAGAAAAGUGGAGAAAUACUAAUGUUUGAGUUGCCAGUAAAUUGUUUGAUGGAUUAAUAUGCAUUACUACGUAUCUAGAGUUGAGGAUUAGGCUUUUUAAAGUCAAGGUCUUGUAAGUAGUAGCAUGCCAGCAUAACUUUUAACACCAUUGAUGAGGUAAGUUGCACACUGAGCAGUGGCCGAGCUGUCAAAAUUCAAAGGUUUUUUUAGAAACGUGACUUUUUAAAGCCCACUUGCUAACAGGAACGGACCAAAGAGUUUCAAAGAAACUCCGGGAAGAUUUCAGAGUCAAAAUGAAACCUCCAAAACGAGAGUGUGAAUAUAUGUUGCUACUUUAUCAAACCGAAUCUCUUCUGUCCAAAUAUUUAAUGCAUGGUGCACUACUUACUGGUACAUUAUAAUGCAGCCAGAUACUUACUCAUUCUCGAAGAUCAUUAUAGUUUGAAUUCCUUUGGUAGUUCUAUUUUGUAAAGAGGAAAAAAAAAAAAAGAAAAAAAAAAAAAAAGAAAAACCAGUUAUAAACAUUUGAGCAUUGUAUUUCUCGCAUCCCUUCUAAUGAGUGCUAGAUUUUUCUAUUUUAAUAGGAUUUUGUUUUGACAACUAGCUUUACUUAUUGAACACUCAGCAGAAAAGUACUUACUACUUGCAAGUUAGAUAUUAACAAAAAAACCCUUUGAUUUGUAGAUUUAAAGAUUAAUCCCCCAAGUUUUCUGCAGACUGCCUUGAAACUUUGAGUUGUUCUGUUUCUGUUAAUUUUCUUUUGCUUUUUUGUGUUUUUUGUUUGUUUUUACUUUUGCAUUUAAGAACAUUAAAUUUGAUUUUGUUUUGCUCAAAUUUUGUUUUGUUUUUUAUUUUCUAUUAUUUUUUUGCUAAGUAUUGCACAAAGUGUCCAGCUUUCAAAGAGUGAUGUUUUAAAGAACCGUAGCUCCUCUUUUAAGAGUUUUAAGUUACUCCUUUGACAGAUGAGUAGAGGCGAAAGAGCCGUGAAACGAGAGCGCUACAAUAAACGUGUCGCGUAGAGACGGGUGUAACCCCGCAGGGGUUCUUUGGUAGGAGGCCUGGCAAGGAUUGCUCUGGCAGGUAAAGGCUGCGUGAGGGUGCUGUGCACGACUAGAGGCUUGGCUGGGCAACGCGCAGGUCUAGUUCGGUUGCCAGAAGGUAGAGCCAACGCGAAACUGGGGAGAGCGGCAGUUUUACCGCACUGUCUCCUUUUCUUGUGUGUGAACCUCCACCAGUCCCCAAGUUUAUUUUCAAAUUCCAGAGGCCGUUCUGUGCCGCCUGCUCGUAUCGCUCCAUCCUUAGCCGACCUUGCCUUGUCUUCGCAAUCGGUUCUUCCUCGCUCCGCAGGCUUGCGCAGCCUGAAGUCUGCAUCGGCGCGACGCUGAGGAGCAGCUGAGCCAGCUGCCCGUCCCCAGCCCCUUCAGCGCCGUCCGGGAAACGCGGCUGCUGCUCUUUCUGGAGCAGCCUGGGGCAUGCAGUGAGCGUAAGUGGGAUUUUUACUAUUAACGCGUCCAGCCUUGCCUUUCCUGACAGUCCUGUUCGUUCCUUUGGAGAAGCUUGAUGCUGUGAGACGGUGGCAACCAACCAGCUGCCACCCCCAAAAUGUGCUUUCUGGCUGGCUGGUCCAGUGCCUGUUCCAGGUGUUUCCACCAAUUUACCAUCGUUUAUCACUUCAAGGAAUACGUCUUUUCUGUGUACAAGGAGAGAUUCAGAAGCAUUCGGGGGAUUUGGAGAUCCAUAACUGCGGUAUGGAGAAAUCCUCUCGCUGCGUCCCAUUGCCUCCUGACCUCGCCGCCCCUCUUCCACCAGCCUGGCUCUGCAAUCGUUUCCAGUUUCCUGUCACUCUUUCUUGCCUUAUUUCAUAUAAGGUUAAUUUUCAAACUAAACGGGUGUUGCCGUUUUAGUGCAGCGUUUAGGUGGAGGUUCGGACUUCCAACAAAUGACACCUUCAAUAUGACUUUGCCUCUGGGAUCGUUCUGGGCGUGCUGGAAUCAGCAGCGCACUGCUGGGAGCUCACCAGCUCUUUUUUUUUUUUUUUUUCUUUUUUCUUUUUUAAAGAAAAAAACCUCUUCUUGGAGACUUUUGGGCAUCACUGUCCAUCUGACUGCUUCCCUGUUUUUCCAUCUCUCGUUCUUUGCUACAUAAGAAGGAAAGGCGGGAUAGUGUUUCAGUAGUGGUAUUAAAACAUCUCUUUUAGGAGACAUCUGAUCCCAGCUUCCUUUGACAGUUGCUCUGAAAAUAGUUACGAGGCAAUUCAUGUGAGUAAAGCACAGUCAGAAAAAAGGAGAAAGAAAAAAAAAAAAAAUCACACUAAAAUGUGAAGAUCUGAUCCCAGAAGUGGUGUGUGGUCUGCACCGUUUUAACAGUCAAUCAAUGUUGGCAUAAAUACUUGAAGUCAAGAAAAAAUGUGCGUGUGUUCUUGAUGCUUUUGGUCCUAAACCAUAGCCCGUGCAUCCUAUUAGUAAAGACCAAAAGGAAACUUCUGGAAGCGGAAACUAAGUUCUAACAACACGUAAUCUGCCCGCAGUUUUUCCAGCCCAAAAGGGAUGGGCGACUGGCUUCCUUACCGCGUCGUCCGGCUUACCCUCCUUUGAGGCUCCCUCCCUUGAAACAGGUUUGUUUGAGGGAUUUUGGCCUCUUAAUCCUCAGAGAGUUUAGAAAAACUGCGGAUGCGUCCUGCUUUCUCAUCCUUUAGUUUGGUGAAAUACAGAUGUUUCUUUCAGGUGACACUUCGGUCUCAGUCCGCGCUUCCCAAUCUCUCUGAAACCAAGGGCCUGUCUCAAACCAGGGGGCUCCCGCGUUUCCCAUGGGAUGCGGUAGGCUCAAUGACAUGGCAAGUUCUGGAAAGUCUUGGCUGCUGGACUGGGACGUGAUGGUCAGAUUUUAAAGAGCUGGAUUUGAUGGUCCAUGCUGGAGCUGUGCUACAGGGAACAGCCGCGCUGGGAAUGUUUUGGGGUCCUUUAGAAUAGGUUGGAAGCCUCACAGGACGCCCCCCAGUACCUGCUUCCGAAGGAUCAGGUCUAAUUCCUCAUGAAAACACAUAGUUGUGGCCACGCUGCUAGUGCAGGCUCUCGCAUGGAGAUGUCGAAGGGAAUCCCGGUGUCUCAGGGGACAGGGCAUGGCUUUUUGUGCCAGUGUUUCUGAAGGGAUCCAUCUGGCUUUUGUCAGCCUGCACUUGGGUGGCGCCAGUUCCUUUACACUCUGCUGAUCAGACACAUAAACAUGGUGACAAAAUGAGAAGUUUAUCUGCCUGUGUUUAAAAAAAAAAAAAAAAAGUGGGGGGGCAGGGGGGAGAGAGAAGGCUUUUUCAUCGAUCUUACGGCCGGGGUAACAAGCCUCAGAGUCUCAGAUCUGCCGACGGGGAAUACAAAGACCAGUGAUCCUGUUGUCAGGCUUCAGCUGGGCUCUGUUGCUUUGUGUCCAAAGCUCACUUUGCUUUCAGAGGAGAGAACUUGCUCGUGUGGGAGCGCCGAGCAGAGAGUGGCCUCCGCUGCUGUGGCUGUUCCCCCCCGUGGGUGGCCGGGGCUGUCCCUGCACUGUCUCCUCUGGGAGGGACUCUGCAAACGGGGCACCUUCGAGCCUCGGCUUCUGCGGCGACAAAACGACUUACCGUGCGAGGCAGGGUCACACCGCGGGGCGGCAGCCGCCUUCGGGACUCCGAGCGGGAAGCCGGUUUAUCUUUUUCAGGAAAUGUUACCAGCUGUCGAAUAUCUGCUGUUACUUUAAUUAUUGCUUUGUCACUUUUCGCUUUUGAAUCACUUUGUAUUCUCUUGGUAUUUCUUCUGAAAGGGAAGCUCUGCUGCCCUCACUCGGUACCUGUCCUUUUCUUGACUGUUUUUCCAAAUACUUGCUGUGUCUGGCACUCGGCAGAGGCUCUUCCCAGCCCAAGACGUGGCUGCUGAACGCGCUUCUUACAAGGCUGCUUCCAAAAUUACACGAGCAGGCUUCGUUCUUUGCAAGACUGUGGAGUUUCACUCUAAAAACGAGGCAAUGCCUAGUUAAGAGCAAAACUGUCCUGCCUGUGGUUGAAGACCACCUCCAGACUUCUCUGAAGAUGUUCUGAGCUUGAGUUGUGUGGUACAGAAUUUGGGGGGGGGGAGGGGGGGAAAUUAAAAAAAAAUAAAAAAAAAUCAGGUUUUCUUAGUAUGUAAAAAACAAUGAGUUUCGUCAAAGUUAAAAUUCCUUGAAGGCUUUGUUCAGACUUGGUCUUUUCCAGUCUGUUGAUUUAUUAAUAAGUUUUUAUUCCUGCUCAGUAACUUACAUUUGCUUCCCAGAUCUCCACUAUGAAUGGAAUUCGCCCCUGUGCAGAAAGUUAGCCGCAAGCCUAAGGACAGUUUGAACCUUCUGUUAACCAUUUGCAGAUAGGGAAAUGUCACAGCAAAUACCGAAAAGGAGCCGAAUGUUGCUGUGUACUUUGUCUAAGCUGGCAGAGGCAAGGACAGGCCUUCAGAUGAGGAGAUGGCGACAUCAGCAAAGCUAUAAACACGAGCAGGACCGAAGCAGCGUAGUGCGGUCAGUUCGCUUGUGAUUCCGUCUUUAGACGGUGUCUGCGUCCUAAAGCGUUGCGUUUUAUUUCAUUCUUCGAGCUACGUCCUCAUAAAGUCUGGCUCCCUUGAGGCGCUGUGCCCCGCUCCUGCGCGUAGCGGGAGGGACCGGAGCCCGUGCAGGAGCGGUGCCUCCCGCGCCCGCCUCGGGCCGAGCCCUUCGCCUCUGCUGUAGGUCUGGGACCGAGGAGGACUUGAGGACCCAUCUCUUAGGGUGGAAGGAGAAGGCAGGACCCACCGCUGUCCAGAGCAGUGUCCCCGUAGUGGUGUGUAUCCACACGUCUUUUUUCCUUCCCUUUGGUUAUGUUUUUUCAGUACGUCUGUAUCAUGAGGGCAUGAAAACCACCGAAAACUCAGAGACACACAAGCCACUAAAGUAGGAUAAAUUUCUCACCGGGGCGAGUUGGUCGGUUUAUGGUCACCUUCUGUUGUCCGGCUGACGAGAGGGUGUCAGCAUGGACAGGACACCUGUUUUUGUAGGGACACUGAACGUUGUAGUAAUGUUUUUUAUGCAAAGCAAUGAAAAGUCUUUACAAGUGGGGGGAAAAAAAAUUAAAAAAUUGGCACGGCUACAUUUAUAGAAAGAUUGUUCAGCAGUUGAAACCAAAAUGAUGAAAUAACUGUAAAGGUGAUCCAUUAUUUUGAAUGUUAAGUUUUGGGAAUGAAUAGUCCCUAAGGUCCUUAAACAUUUAUUAUAAUUUUAUGUUGCUUUAAUGUUCUGGGUAAGGUCAAUAAAGUAGAGAUUCUUCAGAUAUUUCAGGAGAGAUUUUUUUUCAGUGUAUUCUAAACUGUAAUAACUAAAGUUACUUUUUGGAUAGUUUCUAGUUACGUAUGCGCUUUUAAAAAAAAAAAAAAAACAACUUGGAGAAUGUCCCCACACUUACUUUUUUAGCAAAAUAAACAGGUCUUAUAAUAAAAUAAACCGCUUAUUGAAAGUAAGGUCCUGUGAUACAUCCACCUGCAAAACGUUAGGGUUUGGGGGAGGUUUUUUUUUAAGAUCCGGCUUUUUGUGCUCGGGGUUCGAUCACAGAGGCCAAACGCAGAGCGGUCUGUCCUGGCGCUGCCUCUGUCACAAGGUGGCCGCGCUUUUGACUUCCGUGAUGAGGAAGCUUGUCCUUCGUUACGCUGUCAGUGAAGCACCUUGUUGUAACGUCUCUGCUUUUAGGUCUUCGAAGAAUAGCCGCAGGGUGAAGGGACCAAAGUCACAUUUAGCGUAAGAAAACACAGCUCCCCGCGAGCUCCCGUGGUGGAGCUGCGCUUGGCUUUUUUCCAAGAUCUCCAUUUGUCACCCUGUGAUCUACUUUAGUCUCGAUGUUUGGAAGCAGAAGAGUCUUUGUGCCGUAGGCAAGUUCCUCUGAGGUAGCUCUGCGCUUCUCAGUGCUGGAUACUCAGCGCGAUAGAACUGAUAAAUACGAAGACCGAAAGGCUAGCGUUUAUUUUCGAGGGUUAUUAUACCUCAUUGCUUUUCUAUUUGUUAAUUUAAAAGCCGCGGAGUUCCUGAAAAGGGUGGCGUGUUACCUCCCUCUUGCUUGUCAGAGCCGGGACCGGCGUGUUCUGCGACUUCUCCGGGCCAUGGCCGGCAGAAUUGGGACUGGCCCUUAACUUUCUAAAGCGUCUGCUCUUAGAUGCGUCAGGCGCGGCCGCGUGCCUGGGGCCGCUCUGCUGUAGUGGUCGUGCGUAGGAAAGCUUAAACGAAACGUGAAGUGUCGCUUUCUCCUCCCGCGUGAUUUAAAAGCCAGUUGAAGCCUUUACGAUCCCUAAAGCAAAAGGUGACGCCCAGGGAGCGGAUCUGACCCUAAAUCCUGGUGGUGUUUUCUUCCCUCUUGCUGCGGUUCUUUGUUCUAUAUCCCACUUGGUCAAACGCUUAGAGGUUGAGCUAGAAAUAUUUUUCUGUUGAGUGGAAUUUUCAGCACUUAAAUUCUUUUUGGUGAUAACGAUGGGAAAUCAGUACUAGUCGAACUGCCACCUGAAACCUGGAAAAAUUGCUACUGUGUUCACUUUUUAGAGUCUCUAUUCUCCUACUAUUGUUCCUCGUUUUUAAACGUUUUGGAGCAACUUUUGGGUGGAACAGCUGAACUUUUUCACUUGGUCAUUGAGAAGAAAAUGACUUGAGACAUUUGAAACAUAAGUUGGGAUAAACCUUUAUUUGACCAGUAAUUUUGAAUAAUACUGUACUUCUAGUCUUUUUCUUAAUUUAAUUUCCCUUAACUUAUGUAAUCUUUUGUUUAUAAAUUAAUCUGUUUGUGGGACAGAAGGUUUUACCAAUUGUUUUCCAUACUGUACAGUAUAUGGUUAAACAUUUUGUAUAUUUAGUGUGUUUUUAAGUUAUUGAUUUGUUUUAUAUCAAAUAAUUUAUUUUUCAGGUACCAUUUUCAUUUAAACUUUGUUUUUACAUGGGUUUAUUUUAAAUAAAGUAUGACACUGCUUUCCAAAUGUCUAAAAUGAAGUUGAAUCCCAUUGUGUUAUUUUGAGACUACUGCUGUAAAUUAACUUAUUUUAGAAAUAACUGCAAACCUGUACCGAGUUCAUACUUUGGUUGUGCUUCGGUUCAAGUGCUUGGAAAUUUUCUGCGAUGAUUUUUGAGCAAUUGGAAAAACGGGAAUUUUCAUAUUGAAACAGUUCGAAGAUUUGUUGAAUGAAGCAGCGGCUUUGUAGAAUCCUGUGGAUGGAAUUAUGAGCAUUGUUUUCUAUAUGGUAUUUUCAAAAUUAAAGAAACAACGCCUAGAUAUUUUAUGCUAGUGUUACUACUGAAAUGAAAUUAUCUGUCAAUAGUGCAAAGGAGUUUUGUACUUUCGCCACAUGUUCAUUGCCGGUUUUGUUGAGUACUUGCUUGGAACAUGCUCACGAUGUUUUUAAAUGAUCCAUGAUGAAAGGUGAUGUACUUCAAAAUAGAAUUAGGCGUUUACUUAAUUGUUCAUAUUUUGUCUUUCUUUUCCUGCAGGAGUUGGAUUAUUAUUGUGCAAUUUGGAAUUUGACAUUUUUUUCAGAAGAAUCUGAACUGUGUUGAUGGCUAGGCUAAUGGAGCUUACUCCGCUAAAGGUUUUGUCACUUGUAGCCUUAUUAGAAAGACGGAAUUAAAAGACGGCACGUGA